CCUAGCGGCGCUUUUCUCAAACCUUAUUUUAUUUUUGAAAAGAAAAAUUAGACUCCUACUUGAUUUCAGGUGUAUCGUUGAUACGCGAAUUCGAGCUUUCUAUCGAACAGGGUGUGUGCGCAGUUCAAUUCGAUGCUAAUAAGUCAAGUUUGUUAGAUCGUCGCACUGGUCGCUUCAUACUUGUUCAUUGAAUGAGGUUUAGCUCAAAUUAGCCUUUGUUUUGGUCUGAUAUCGCACACAUUUUCAGCACGACAGUCGUCCAGUUGUUCAUUUCAGUCACAGUCAUAGAAAUCUGCGCUUUAACGGCACAGAGCUGGCGCAGGUCGUGGGUUUUCCGUGGAUAAUGAGAGAGAGUGGUGGUAGUCUGGCCCAGAACUGCUGGCAAGAAGACUUGGAUCUGACUACUAUAGGUCAGGACAGCACCAAAGGAGAUGGGAUCCCAGAAGACCACCUGAUGGUACCAGUGUCGGAUCACAGUGCACCAAAUCCCAUGCACCUCAAACUGGGUCAGAAAGCAAAGAUCUGGACAGAUGAGUACAUGGAUGAGGAAAAUGGAAUGGGUGUGAUUGAAGCGAUGGGUGAGAUGGAAGAGCAAAAUUAUCUGGAUGGCGGAGACAAUAUGGAGUUUGAAGCGGAUGAUGAGGAGGAAGGAUUAGGAGAACAGUCGGUGGUGGAGCUUGUGGUUUCAAACAUUUCUACCCACUCCACUCAGCGCCACCACUCACAGUCCCAUCAACAUUCUGGACCAUAUCACGACAAAGGAGGCAGUGACAUCAACUUUGAUAGGGACUUUCAAGGGAAGGCAUUGGAUUCAUGGUCCCAGUUCAGUAGAUGCAGAAGAAUCCGACUGAAACGUUGGCAACAUUUACGUCUCCACAGGCGCUUUGGGUUCCGGCUGGUCCAGCACUGGAAAAGCUGGCGCCAACGGGCCCAGUGGGUGAACAAGCUGGGGUGCCGGUGGACACGGAGACUGCAAAGGUACAAUCUCCCUACCAAUCAAAAGAGGAUACGAGGUUAUCGGCAGUCAGUAUAUGCUGAUGAAGACGGCAGCAACAAUGAGAUGCUCACAGAUUGUGAGAGAGGGGACAUGCCCAGUGGAACGCCCCCAAGAUGGGCAUGCAUGGGAUGCAUAGGCUUCACAGGUGUAAAUCAAUGCACAUGUAAUGGUUGCUAUCCAGAUUGGCAAGAGGAUAGAGGCAGACCGGAAGUAGAAGAGAAACCAAUGGAGUUUGCCUUAACUGAGGAACACAUGAGCUCUGUGACUGGUAUUCUGGAAGAGUGUGUGCAGCAGUAUGGAAGUUUGAUUCCAAUCCACAUAGAUGACAUAAUAGAGAAGCUUCAGGAUAUCUACGAUGAGAGCUUCUCACAACCACGCAGGAAAGCAAUGGUUCAGCACCAGAUGCAGUCUUUCCAACGUUCAUCAGGAUCCGUUCUGGCAAAAACGUUCAGAGUCAACUAUAAGCGGCAUGUUUUGACCAUGGAUGACUUGGGGACGCUAUAUGGACAAAACUGGCUCAACGACCAGGUCAUGAACAUGUAUGGAGAUUUGGUCAUGGACUCUGUACCAGACAAGGUUCACUUCUUCAACAGCUUCUUUUAUGAUAAACUAAGGACAAAGGGCUAUGAAGGCGUCAAACGAUGGACAAAAAAUGUGGAUAUCUUUCAGAAGAACUUGUUGCUGAUUCCCAUCCACCUGGAGGUGCACUGGUCCCUGGUCAGUGUUGAUAUUCCUCGCCGUGCUAUUACCUACUUUGACUCCCAGCGGACCCUCAACAGACGCUGUCCAAAGCACAUUUUCAAGUAUCUACAAGCGGAGGCGAUCAAAAAAGAUCAACAAGAGUUUUUGGCCGGAUGGAAAGGCUUUUUCAAAAUGAAUGUGGGUCGUCAAAACAAUGACAGUGACUGUGGUGCUUUUGUACUACAGUACUGCAAGUGUCUGGCAUUAGGACAGCCAUUCAGAUUCGGCCAGCAGGAUAUGCCUCGGCUGAGGAGACAAAUGUACAAAGAACUGUGUAACUGCAAGCUCAUCGUGUGACUCUCCUAACACUACCUUAAUGGAGGAACUUUG